AAUAUCGAUAUAUUGAUAUUUUGAUAUAUUAUCAACAACCCUACCUUCGAUGAAGCGCAGAGGCACAAAUUCGCGUGUGGCUUUACUUUUUUUGUUAUUGUGUUUCCCGUAACUCGGCCGGGUGAAAUAAACCCGCAAAUGCAUGCAGUGAAUAAUACACGAUCGAAUGAAAAUAAAGGCCGCCAGUGAAACGUGCGAGUCGCUGAAAAAUCAACGCAACGCAACGCCUAGCAUUUUUUAUUCCCGAUUUCGUUAGUCUUUCGCUGUCUGUGUGCGUGCGCGAGUGUAUGUGUGUGCCUGUUUUUUUUUUUUUUUUUUAUUGUACACUGCUCAACACUCGCUCUCUCUCUCCUUCUUGUCCGGGCUGUGUGUGUGAGUGAGUGUGUGCGAGACGAGUGUGCAGGAGUCAUCAUCACCGUCAUAUUGAUGUCUCCGUCUCUCUCUCCUCUCUCACUCUUCUUCUUGCCACCAAAGUGAAACAUGUUUUUCUGUGGCAACAACAACAACAACAACAGUAACAACAACAAUAAUAAUAAUACCUGCAGCCACAACACCACCAGCCCAAGCAGCUGCAGCAAUCAACAACGUUAUUAUUAUUAACAAUACCAAGCCAAGGCAGCGUCCAGGCGUCCAGCAGCAGCAGCAGCGGCAUCGGCGGCGGCUCCUCUCCACUUUAUUGGAAUAAAUAAAAAAAAAAAAAGCGCUAAGGAAAAACAACAACAACAGCGUCAAAAGCAAAAGCAAUAACAGUAAUAACAGCAGAGAAGAAGCAGCGACAGAAGCAGCAGCAGAGGCGUCGGCAGAACAAGCCGCCUCAGAAACAGGAAAAGGAAACAGCUCCCAGCGUUGCAUGCCACACACACGGGGGGAGCAUACAGGAUGUGAACCACAAACAACAACAACAAUAACAACAACAAGUACAGUUAUUUGUAAACAAAGCGUUGUUAAUUUUUUUUUCCUAAAAAACUAAAUUUAAAAAAAAUAUAUUUAAUUAAUUAAAUUAAAUUGUGCCGUGAAAUGUUAAUGCAAAAUGUUUAGAAAAGUGGCCAAAAAUUACAAUGAAUCGAAAACUACGAUAACUUGAAAUCGGAAGACCAGAAGACCACUCUUUGAAGAAUAUCAAAGAAUUCUUCUAAAAAAAAAAUCAAAUAAAAUUUAAAAUAAAUUAAAAAUAAAUAAAAAACACACAUAAAAAAAAAGAAAGAAAACUAAAAAGAGAAGAAAGCCAAAGAAGAAAAGGACAUUUGGGAUCAAAAAUUUCCCUUGUGUGUGUGUGGCGGAGAGUGUGUGUGUCGCGUCUGUGUAUGUGUGUGUGUGCAUGUAUUUAUUAUCAUCGGAGCACACACACACACGUUAAAAAUUAAAAAUCUAAAACUAAAAAAUAUUAUUUUUAAUAUUUGUUUUUUAAAACAAAAGCCCGACAAUUGCUAAAAAAAAAAAAAAUAAAGCAAGAAAUUCAAAAAUUAUAAAAAAUUAAAAUUAAACAAAAGACUUGAAAUCGUGUGUUCAUAAUUUUAAAUUUAAAAAAAAAAGAAAAUUAAAAACUAAAAAAUAAAUACAAAACAACGGAAAUAGCAGCAACAACUAAAGUAUUCGACACAAAAAAUAAAUACACUUAAAAAAAUAAAUAAUUAAAUAUAUUACAAAAAAUAUAUAUUAAAAAAAAAAUAAUAAAAUAUAUAUUAACGAACAAACAAAAAACAAAUCAGCGGAUUAAAUUAAUUUAAAAAAUAAAAAAACAACGACAACUACAACUACAACAAAAGAAAGCAACAAAAAAUUAUUUAAUUUAUAGAUUUAAAAAUAAAAAGCAACCAAAUCCGACGUAUUGCUAAAUUAUAUUUAAAAAUUAAAAAUAAUUAAUAAUAAUUAGUAAACCAAUUAAGGAUUAAUUAUUUCCCCUCAAAACUAUCCAAAAUCAUACGAACAAGUAACGCAAUAUAUAUAUAUAUAUAUCGUAUAUAUGUCAAGGGCAUGCUCUAAACUAAAUUAUAAAUUAAAAUUAGCAAACAAGCAACAUAAUUAAUUAAUUAAUUAAUUAAUCGGCCCAAAAGAUCCACAACAACAACAGUCCCCAUGUAUAGAUUAGAGGACACGAAUAGCGGCGGCGUUAUGGAUAAAAACAAACAGAAAUUAUCCGCUUAUGGGUCCAGCGCGGGCAGCGUCGCCGUCGUCGAUGCAGCGCAGGGCAGCGGGAGCGGCAGCGGUGGCGGCGGUCGCCAGCGGCACGCCCCCCUCUACGGCCGCUUCGUCACCGAGGAGGACCUGCCCGCCACUCACCGGGAUGUCAUGCACCAUCACUCUAGUCCCUCGUCUUCGUCAGAGGUGCGUGCCAUGCAGGCCCGCAUUCCCACCCACUUUCGGGACCCCGCCUCGGGUCCUCUGCGAAAGCUGAGCGUCGAACUGAUAAAGACCUACAAGCACAUCAACGAGGUCUACUAUGCGAAAAAGAAGCGUCGUGCCCAGCAAACGCAAGGCGAGGACGACUCCUCCAACAAGAAGGAGCGAAAGCUGUACAACGACGGCUACGACGAUGAUAAUCACGAUUAUAUAAUCAAGAAUGGCGAAAAGUUUUUGGAUCGCUACGAGAUUGACUCGCUAAUCGGAAAGGGCAGCUUUGGUCAGGUGGUGAAGGCCUACGAUCACGAGGAGCAAUGCCAUGUGGCGAUCAAGAUAAUUAAGAAUAAGAAACCGUUCCUAAACCAGGCACAGAUCGAGGUUAAGCUGCUCGAGAUGAUGAAUCGUGCAGAUGCCGAGAAUAAAUACUAUAUCGUCAAGCUCAAGCGCCAUUUUAUGUGGCGCAAUCACCUGUGCCUGGUGUUCGAGCUGCUCUCAUACAACCUGUACGAUCUGCUGCGGAACACAAACUUCCGGGGCGUAUCGCUGAACCUCACGCGCAAGUUCGCCCAGCAGCUAUGCACGGCGCUGCUCUUCCUCAGCACCCCCGAACUGAACAUUAUUCACUGUGAUUUGAAGCCCGAGAACAUCUUGCUCUGCAAUCCGAAGCGUUCCGCGAUCAAGAUCGUUGACUUUGGCAGCUCCUGUCAGCUGGGACAGCGGAUCUACCACUAUAUCCAAUCGCGCUUCUACCGCUCCCCGGAAGUACUGCUGGGCAUCCAAUAUGAUCUGGCCAUUGAUAUGUGGUCGCUGGGCUGUAUCCUGGUUGAGAUGCACACCGGUGAGCCGCUCUUCUCCGGCUGCAACGAAAUGGACCAGAUGAACAAGAUCGUCGAGGUGCUGGGCAUGCCGCCCAAGUAUCUUCUCGAUCAGGCGCACAAGACCCGCAAGUUCUUCGACAAGAUCGUCGCCGACGGAUCCUAUGUCCUCAAGAAGAACCAAAACGGACGUAAAUACAAGCCGCCGGGAUCACGUAAACUCCAGGAUAUACUCGGCGUGGAUACGGGCGGACCGGGUGGCCGGCGAUUGGACGAACCCGGUCAUAAUGUCUCCGAUUAUCUCAAGUUCAAGGACCUGAUCCUGCGCAUGCUCGACUUCGAUCCGAAGACAAGGGUCACACCCUACUACGCCCUGCAGCACAACUUCUUCAAGCGUACGGCGGACGAGGCGACCAAUACCAGCGGUGCGGGUGCCACGGCGAAUGCCGGUGCCGGCGGCUCCGGUUCCAGUGGUGCUGGCGGCGGUGGCGGUGGUGGAUCGAGUGGCUCCGGUGGCGGUGGCUCUGGCGGCAACGGUGGCGGUGGUGCGGGCGGUGCCGGUGGCCUCGGUGCUGGUAGCAGCAACAGUGGAGCUGUGUCGUCAUCCAGUGCAGCUGCGGCUGCGGCGGCGGCAGCAGCGGCCAGUUCCACCUCGGCUACGGGUGGCUCGAUUUCAGGAUCGGGUCCUGGCGGAGUCGGUGGCGCGUCGUCGCAGCCAUUGCCGAUGGCGCUGCCGCUGCCACUGCCGCCUCUCUCAGGAGGAGGAGGUCCUGGCGUCGGAGCGUCGGAUGGCCAGUGUCAUGGCCUUCUGAUGCACUCCUCGGCGGCAGCCAAUGCAAUGAACAACUUCUCCGCCCUGAGCCUCCAGCCCAGCCACCAGCCGAGCUCUCUGGUGAACCGCACUGGCAACUGCAGCAACAGUCUCAACAGCCUGAAUCACUUUAGUCCACCGCAGCAGCAUCAUCAGCAACAGCAGCAGCAACGCCACAACAGUCGCAGCUUGUACAGCAACAGCAACAACCACAGCAGCAGCAACAACAUCAGCAACAGCAACAGCAUCAGCAGCAACAACAACGGCAACCACAACAGCCUCAACAGCUAUCCACACGCCAUGGAAUGUGACCCACCAAUGGCUCCACCCCCACCAAAUGGACAUGGUAGGAUGCUACGUGUACCACCGAUGUUGCCACCUGGUUAUGCCCCCUUGAAUCUGGCGCCGCAUCAUUUCUACAACAACAACAUGUCCUCGGCAGCAGCAGCAGCAGCGGCAGCAGCAGCAGCAGCAGCAGCGGCGGCAGCUGCCUCCCAUCUCAUGAUGACCGAUUCGAGUGUGAUAAGCGCCACAGCAGCGGGUGGUGGUGGUGCCGGCGGAGGUGGUGGCGGCGGUGGAGGAGCAGCAGUGCCGGGACCAGUUUCAGGAUUAAGUGGAGGACCAAGUGCCCCCAGUGUGGCGGUGACGCCACAAGCAGCCGCUGCUGCUGCGGCCGCCGCUGCCUUUCAUCUGUUUCCGUCACAGCCCGCCUAUGGAGCAGCUCCCGCCUCGCUGAGCGAGCUGCCGAUGCCCUUGCCGCCACUGCCGCUCUCCAUGCCUCUGCCUCUGCCCAUGCCACUGCCCAUGCCCCUCCAGCUGCCGCCCUCGUCAUCAUCCGCCUCCUCAACAGCCUCCACAUCAGCAUCUAUUGGUGGGGGAGGUGGAGGAGGAGGUGGUAGCCUGGGAGUGGUGGGCUCGAGGCGACACUUGGGCAGCCACGGUGGACCCCCAACGGCCCCCCAGAAUGUGGGUGGUGGGAGCAAUUCGGCCACCGGAGCCAGCAGCAGCGAUGCCUCCUCCUCGUCGCCGAUGGUCGGAGUUUGUGUUCAACAGAAUCCUGUAGUUAUACAUUAGCCUAUAAAAAAAAAAAAAAAUAUUAACCUAAAAACUAAAAACUAAAAAAUCAUUAAUCACUUCGAAAAAAAUCUUUCAAAAAAAACGAAAGAAAGAAAGUGAAGGAAAAUAUGUCAGGAAUGUUAGGCGUUGCUGCUCUCUCGCUCUGCCACUAAUUUUCUAAUUUAAUUGCAACACCAAAAUCGCAGAUUUAAAAAAAAAAAUUACUAAAAAAAAGGCACAAUGCUUUCUCAAAUCCCUCAGAACCCCCAAUUUUUUUUUGGGGGGGGAUACCAUUUAGAAAUUCCAGAACAAUUCUUAGCAAAUAUUUAAAAAAAAAGGAUUAUUAUUUUAAUUAAAUAUAUAUUUUUAAAAAUUAAUUAUACACUUAUUGAAAAAUUUUCUAUAAAAUUUUAAAAUUUUUUUGCUAUUUGAUUUUUAUAUAAAAUUUAAAUACUAUACUUAAAAAAAAAUUAAUUAUUAAAAAAUAAAUAUUGUCUUGUUUUAGAAUUUAAGAUUUGUUCUGGAAUUUUUUGUGGUGUCCUUUCACACACACACAAAAACACACACAUACACAUAGACAAAAAAAACUGCAUUAAUAAUAAUUACAAAUAAUUAAAAAUAAUUAAAAACUAGCUAAAAUUUACCCUCAUAAACUACAUACACUUACACACACGCACACACACACACAUAGUCACUACUGCUGCCACACCCACUUCUAUGCUAGGACCUCCCCCUUGCCCCCACACACCCCCGCGGGAGGCGUGGCGGACGGAAAAAGGAUAUGCGCUAGACUUGAUGGAUUUUUUUCGCCAAAAGCGUUUAUUUUUUUUUACAUGCUAGAACCUAUAUAUUUUUUUUUUGGUCUAAUUAUAAUGUUUAAUUUUAUGCUAUAACCAUAACGACAUAAUUUUACUUUAUAUAAACGAAUCAAAAUUAAAAUUUAUUUAAUUGUUAAUUUAAAUUAUGUAAUUUUAUUUGGCGAGAAAUCGCUAUUUAAUAUAGAGAGCAAACAUAUUUAAGUAAACAAGAA